AUGUCAAAUAACCUGCCGGAACCAGAUCUCUACAUAGCUCUAUCAUCAAUUAAUACCAUCUGGUUAUUCGAAUUACCCGAAUUAUCAUGUUUUUCCCAAGAUUACAAGUCUUUCCUAUCAAAUGAUUUUGAUCCCAAGGAAUACGCCAAUUCUACAAUAAAUUCGACAUCGGAUGGUGAUGGAGAUAUCACAAUUUCUCUGGCCAAACUGUCAUUUGGUAUAGAUAACUUAAAUAAGCAACUGCAUGAUCAGGUGACCGCACAUUUCGAGGAUUUGAUAACGCAAGCCGCUGGAAUUCGAGAUUUGGAAAAUGUUCUAAGCACAGUUAAAGAGGGCGUGAAAUCCCUCAAUGCUGCCUUUGACAGGCUCAAAGAAAAUAUACAUACUCCAUAUGCGCAGAUAAAAAAUUACACUUUGCAAUUAGAAAGAUAUCAAACUGCUUCCGAUUUGUUGCGAAAUGUCGUGAGAUUAUUUUAUUUAGCAAGAUGUUUAGAAAGUCAAAUGGCAGAAAUCGACAAUAAGAAAGAAAAUAGGAUUGAAUAUUUUAAGGCGGCACCUAUCAUCGGUGAAUUGGAUAUACUUUUGAAAGAAAUAGAUUUUGAAGGAAUUGAACUUGUGCAAUCUCAACUACCAUCAAUUAAAAAAGCAAAAUAUAGAAUAAUCAGUGAGGCAUUUCGAAUGCUACAGGAAGGAAUAAAUAGUCAAAACGAAGAGGAGAUCAAGAUCAGUCUGCAAAUAUUCAAUGAACUCCACGAUGUGGGAGAGCGUGUUUCAAAAUAUGUGGACGAUGUGUCCGAAAAGUUACUGAUUCAAAUUAAGAAUGCAAUUGAUGUCGCAUCACUUCAAAAGGAGACGAAAGACGCCGGAAACACCUCAACGAAAGGAAUUAGGUGGUUAGGAACGGAACCGCUUAUGGGCAUGAAUGUGGCAUGGACCUCGACGUUAUGGAGAAGAAUGGAAGUAUUGAUGGACGAGAUCUGCGAGAGUUGCUGCAAGAUAUACAUUUUGGAGAAGGUGCUUUCGGGCGAAAGAGAUUCAACGACCGGGUUGUCAUAUUUAGACGAUGUCAACAAUGUAUUGGAUGGCGGAUUAAUACAACAUUUUUGGAAGCUCUUAUCCUUGAAUUUUGGAAAAGAGUUGAAGGAAGCUACCAAAGGCUUCGCAUUUAUUCAACAAUCACUUGUUAACGGAUAUCCAAAGUUACUUCGUCUGAUUCGCGAUUUCUUUAAAAAACUUGAAGUCCGGGGAUAUUUAAAACUUGAUGAUGUUCAAAGCAUUGCAACUUUUGAGAUGGGAUAUUUGGAGCGAUCCGUCAUUCGAUUGUUUGAGCCCGUCAAUGUAGCUUUCCCGACGGGUACCUAUCGCAUAUUCCCUUCGAAAUCUGACGUUACAAAUCUAGUUCGAACCAUCUCGAGUGAAUUAGAAGUGGCAAAAUUUGAUUCACACUUGUUACAUGCUGUUGCAAAGAAUGUUGUCAAGGCUUUGAAUCUCUAUUGCACCAAGGCUGAAAAUAUGGUUGCCGGGGAUGUUACUGCAUAUCAAGUAACCGGUCCUGGACCGUGUACGGCUUCGCAAAACAUCAAUUUUGAACUCAUCAAUGCAUUAUAUAGUUUACAUCAGUCUGUGUGGAAAGUGCUUGAAGAAUAUCCAGACGACAUAACCGAAGUAGUAUUUGAUGCUAUUGAGCACACUAGAAAAGUGAUGAUUAGUAUCGUCGAUCCGUUAUUCCAACACAUAAAAAAGGAACUUGAACUUAUCAUUCUCAAAAUUCACAGGGAGGAUUUUUCAAGGCAAUUAGCAAAAAACCUUACUCUUCCUCAACAAGCGGAGGCACAGUGUAGCGCGUAUAUGAUUGAACUUUCGGAUCGCAUGAACUACAUCCAAAAAGAAUUACUAUCAAGAAUCUCAUGUGGUUUAAAUGGCAAGGAAUGGUCCAAUGAGUUAGGAAAAAGGAUUCUUUAUUUUUGGAUGUUGCACGCAAGUUUGGUUCGUCCGUUGACUGAAAAUGGAAAAUUCAAAUUAACUCGGGACAUGGGUCAGCUAGAGUUUUCUUUAAAUCAACUACUUAUCGAGAACGGUUCAAGCAUAGAAGAAUUGAAAAAUGAAUAUAACUCUUUGAGAGCCUUCAAACAAUUAUUAUUUCUUGAAAGUUCUCAAAUGGCCGAAGAACGGUACACGUUGAAUUUGCCAUUGUUGAUAUUGAUUCAUCAUAUAAUAGUGAGAUCAUCCACGCCUACAGUUGCGCCUAAUACAAACACCAUAGACACAUUGCAAUUGCCACAUAAGAUUUAUGGAUGGACAGAGUCAGACUAUUCCAAAUGGUUGGAUGAACAUAAUGAAGGUGAAGGCAUAGAUUUGAUAAAAGGUUGUCUGAGAAGUAGUAAAGAGUUGGAGAUGGGUGAGGAACAAGAAUUGUUUGAAGAGAAGUUGAUCAGAAAAUUGUUGAAGGAAAGGGCAGGGAUCGAAGUUUAA